GGCAAUGGCCCCAGCGACGGCCUGGUGUCACAGCAUGGCCGAGAGGGCAGUGGGGAGUCACCAGCCCUGGAGAUGGCCGUGAACUCCAUCUACUACACCAGAGAUGAAGUGAACGCCUUCUGGGUGACAGUGCAGAGGACAGAGGCUGCAGAGCGCUGUGAGCUGCGUGGCACCUACGUGCUGAAGGCUGAGAGGGACAGCCUGGUGCUGAAGGACCCACGGACAGACAGGAUCCUCUUCGUGUGGCCCUACCGGCUGCUGCGCAGAUACGGCCGGGACAAGGUGAUGUUCUCCUUUGAGGCUGGCAGGCGCUGUGACUCAGGACCUGGCAACUUCACCUUUGAGACCAAGCAGGGCAACGAGAUCUUCCGGCUGGUGGAAGCCUCCAUCCAGGAGCAGAAGGCUCAGGUGGAGGAGAACCGGCAGAGCUGUGACUCGCUGGAAGCCGAGAGCCCCGGCAUGGUGCAGAUCCGCCAGGCCCUGGCUGACAGCCUCAACCUGGAGCUGCCUGCUGAGGGGGAUGACCCCAAAGCAGGGCUGGCACCCAGGGCUGGUGCAGCAGCAGCAGCAGAGGAGAGAGAUGCCACAGCCCUGCUGAAGAGCCGGACUCUGCCAGAGCUGCCCGUGCCACCGGCCAAGCCCACGGUGUCCAGCACGCCCCCACGCUCCCCUCUGCCCAAGGUGCUCCGCGCUGUGCCACCCUCUGAGGACCCUUCCAGCGUGUACUCAGAGCCCCUGGACUCGGUGAAGGGCCUGCAGCCGUGGCCUGACCCGCUGUCCCCGCUCACUGCUUCCCUUCACCUACAUCUAUGACGAGGCGCGGCCCACGAGCGAGGCCUGGCGCACGCAGGGCCACGAUGGCAGGGGGGGCUAUGAGUACCCCUACAACCCCAGCACUGACGAUUACUCGGUCCCCAACUUCCCUGCCAAGGCCAAGAACCCCAAGCCAGUGCCAGCCCCCAAGCCCCAGGCAGCCUUUAUCCCCAAAGGGGCAGAAAGGCUGGAGGAGCCUGGCCGGCGAUGGGGCAGCGCUGCCCCCGAGAAGGUGCUGACCAAACCCAGCCUCAACAGCAGCAACAACAACAACGUGGAGGUGCUCUACAGCCAGGUGGUGAAGCCCCAGCAGCUGCAGAAGAAGGAGCAGUGUGUGGAUGAGUACAGUUUGUCACCUCUCUAUGAGGAUUUAGGGGAGAUAUAAGUGCUGCUGCUCUGUCUGUAUCCCAGCAGGGACUGAGCAUCCCAGUGCCAGCUGGGCUUCUCCUCCCCAGGAUGACCUGGGACUGUUUGGGCUCUUUUCUCACCAGUGCUGAGGGACUGUAUUUUCCUGGAGGGAAACAGCAAGAGAGCUGUGGCUGCAGCAAGCCCCAGUGUGUUUCUCCAGCUCUGGAGCUGGCUCCUCUGUGCCUUCUGAUCUGCAGGAGGGUUGGUGUUUUCCUGUACCUGCUGCUCUGGCUCUGCUCUGGCUUCCUGUCUGACCAGGCUGCAGGGCUCUGGUGCCUUUUGUGGUGUGUGGAAGGCUGCUUGCCAUCAGUCUCCAAAAGUAUUUUUAUACAAAGUUAUUUUAAUAUUAAAGUCUUUAUGUCUCAGAA